CGCGAGGCGGAUCCUCGCGACUAUCCGGGAUUAUUGCGACGACGAUCGGCGGCGACCUGUUGAUUCCCACGAGGAUCAUCGCGUGGCGUGAGUGCGUACGACGAACAUCCGGCCGCGAACGAUGUCGGAGACGAGCGGGGAUGGCGUUAAGUACAAGUGGACGCCUGAGAGCACCGCGCUGCUCGUCUCGGUGUGGUCCGACCGGCAGGUGCAGAAGCAGCUCGAGUACGCGCCCCGGCCGCAAAUGAUUUGGGAAAGCGUCGCCCGCUACAUGAAGAAGAAGGGCUACAACGUCACCGCCAAGCAGUGCCGGUCGCGUAUGAAGCAAGUCCUUGUAUGCUAUCGCGAGGCCAAGCGGGCGGGCACCCGUGCCGGCGUGGAACAGUACUACGAGACCAUCGACCGGGUGCUCAGGGGCAAGCGGCUGGACCACGCCAACAUUAACAUUGGCACGGACACCGUGGACGCAGUUGUGAAGUCACCGCCGAAGGACGUGAAGACCAACAAGAACCUACAGAUGAGACUGAAGGUCCAGGAGCCCGUGCGAUCUCUCUUUCGAACGGAGGCUCUGUCCCCCACGUGGACGAUGGGAUAUGAAAACGAGUAUCCAGAUUCGCCCGAGUCGAAUGAAACUAUAAUAGCCAAGCCAUACAGGGUUUUCUCUCCUACUAGAGACGUCGCCAUCAACACUGGCAACGAGCGUUUCAUUCAGAUCGGCAGUCGAGCAGUGCAGACGAAUCCGAUAGAGAAGCCGGUACGGGAGGCGGACUAUCGGCAGAACUUGCUGGCUUCUUUGCCGUACGCGGAUAUCCCUUACCAGAACGCCGUGCAGAACGUGCAGAAUCAGAUCAUUCAGGAGAACAUGCAGCAGCAUCAGAAUAUCCAGCAGCAAAAUUACACCGGGUGGAAUCAGCUGCCGCGGCAGAGCGUGCCAGUGAGCAAUCAGCUUGGCUUCCAACAGAACGUGCGCAAUAUGAAUCAGCAGCAGUAUUUGCCGAACGGAAUGACGACAAUGCAGAACAAUGUUAUGAUGCAGAAUCCCAUCGCGGACAAUAUCGUACACCAGCAGAAUCAGCUGCUCCAAUACCCGAAUAAUCAGGCGAUGCCGCAGGAGCCGCGUAAAGUCUCCGCUUACACGCAAAAUCUGACCACGUACAGGCAAUCAUAUCAAGAUACCGGACCUCGUUUAACGUAUACAAAUGCAAAUGUUAUGUCGAAUGGAUCGCCGGACUACUCGCCAGAUGUAUCGCAGAACUUGAACGACGCCUUCUGCUUGUCGAAGAGCGACGACAAGACGCACAAUUUGAACGAGACAUACUGCCGACCCGUGGACAAUCCUGUGCUGGCGGACGCAACCGUCGUCACGAACAAUGCGACUUGUAACGACGAGAGUCUGCUGCUGGAAUUCUUGUUGGAGGAUUCACCCCCUACGUCAGAAAAUGGUGUCAAAUCGCGGGACAGCGCCGUGAAUACAGACGAAGUGCCGAGCGCGCCAUUUAGAAAGAAAAAAGCACAGAAAUUAGAGCAGCUCGUACUCAACGCGAUUAAUUCUCAAAAUGAAGUCGUCAAUAAGAUCUUGACUGCGCAGAAUGACAUGGUGACGCGGUUCCUUGAUGUGGAUAGAGAUCGGCAGAAUAGACUCGAGAAUAGACUGGAUCAUUUAUUGAACGUCGUUCAUGCCACAGUACUUAAUAAGAACGAAACGCCUCCUUCGCCGCCACCGAUGCCAGAAACCGUAAUCACUUCCUUGCAUCCACCACCAAGGCCUGGAAUGAUUCCGCCCAAGUUAGAUCUGGUUCCGCCGAAACCCUGUCGCGUGCCUUGCACCGUACCGAAUUCGAACAUCGAAUUAAUCAAUCAGAAUCCCGUUUUGACGAGACCUGGCGUCGUGUCGCCGAUCACUGUUAGUCCAGGAGGCAGAAAGCUUGGCACGAUAUGGUCGAAAUUAGGUCCGGUGUCCACGUCGCCGUUUGUGAAGGCCCAGCAACGACUCGGCUUUCAGCCGGUCUUCAACAACGAUGCGCGUACGAAGUCGUCGGCGGAAAGACGCAUUGUCAAGGAGAUGGGCGGAUUGCGUAUGGAUAUGCGCGGUUUGAUCUACGAGACGACAAAACUGUUGGAGGCGGAACGCGAACUCGAAGAGAGGAUAGAGAACGCACAGCUGGAACUGAAUAUGGGCGAGACUUUAACCGCUCGCAGAAAACUGUUUACACAACGCGAACCCACCCCCAUCAUGGUGCUGACCGCGGCUUUCUUGGACACUGAGUGUCGCAUCUACGAGCAGGAUCCGCCAUAUCACGGCACCUGGAAUUCACGGAAGGAAAUCCUGAAGUACGCACGGCAGGAUAAUCUCCUGGCCGGACAGGGCGAGAGCUAUGACCGUAUGCGCCAGUUGAAUGCGGCACUUCGGCGCGAUUACUUGGGUUGCCAGCCAUGCGAUACGUCAACCCCGGCGAAAUUACCGUUCAACAAUAAUAUUGCCGAGAACGCCAACAACGAAGGUGGGGCACCGAGGCAAACCAUUCAGCAACUCGCGCGACUCGUGAUGAACAGCGCGAGAUGGCGGAAUUCCGUUCCACCGAGCCAGCAGCAGAAUUUAGCUUGUCCUCCAGUUCAAACGGUAAAUCAAAACGCCGUCGAAAACGUCGAGUACAACGUGACUUUCACCGCCCCGAAGGCAAACGCGCCUCCGCCUCCUGAACCGCAAGGAUUUGUCAGGGAUUAUGACGUAGCGCGACAGAAACAAGGCAAUCAUAAUGAAGCAGUUUCCGGUGGUAGACCGUUAGAAAACGAUCCGCGUGGUGGAUCCAAGUUUCCGAUGGGCUUUACCACCGCUAUGUUAAUCGCCAACGACCAGAGAAGCGCGACUCUACCAAGGACGCAGACGAACAGCGGAGCACCUAGAGGAUUGGGAUUUGUCGAUAAUCCGAUACACGAUCGCAAGAACAAUGUUCGCUUCAUGGACGAGGCGUUGGCCGAGCUACAACGAAUGUGUCUCGAUCGUCAGAACGCUGAUCUGAACGAAGCAUUACUGCCUUUCGUGGUGAGUAACGGUAAUAGUGCGAUAAGUGCGCAAAAUCGCAACCUGAUAGAGCGUUAUGUGAACGAUCUGAUGUCGAAGAAAUCGACGAAGGACAAAGACACAGACUCGGACGAUGACGAGUAUCUCGACACUAGUACCAGUUUGCAUCCGACUUGCGUGUUGCGCAAAGGCUCUUUGACAUCGAACGGCACAGCGUCGACGGAAACCGCUAAUUCAGUGAAAAUUGGCAAAGCAGCAGCUAACCACUGUAGAAUAAGUUAAGCGCAGGGUAAGGAGAGAGAAACAUAUUUUUAUAUAUUUUUUUUACUUGCGCGAUCAGUCUUCCUUAACAAUUGCUCAAAUGUGCGCGUCAGGUUCCUCAUCACUUGUUAUUUCAUGACACGUGUAUUGUUUUUCAAUCAACGUUAUAUUCUGAUAAUUAUGAGACAAGUAAUCGUCUUGUAGUAGCUUAUUGCAGAGUGAAUCUGAAAGCUUAGGCGAUAAUGCUGGCUUAAUGUUUAAUUCUGUUAAUCCUUAAAUAUAUUAACGAGAAAAAAGUUACAGGCAAAAUUAGUUAUGUCUUUAUCAAGCAGGCUUAAUAUUGAAGCCUUAAAAAUCAAAUAUUUUGAGAAUACACUCAGGCAGUGUUGAUAUUUUUCACUUUUUUUUUAAAUAAAGUGGAAGAAAAAAUUGAAAAUUAUUUGUUGAAUCUCAUUUAAGGUAAACGUCCCAGUGGCCGGACAUGUAUCUCUAUUCGAACACUUCCACACAAAAACUUAAUAUUAAUCUCAAAUUUUCUUUUUUUAAUAAUAAUCAAAUUUAAUUAUAAUCUUGAAUAUUUAAAGAUUAUAAUUAAAUAUAUUGUAAUAUUAUAGUAACAAAAGUAUUUGAGAUUAAUAAUAAUAAAUUUUGUGUAAGUGUCUGGAUAUAGAUACAUGCCCGGCCACUGGGACGUUUACCUUAAUGUAAUAUUUAAGGAUUAAACUAAUUUAGUAUAUUAGCGAUACAAUUUAGUUAAUUACGUCAUUAUCAUAUAGAUUUUUGAGGAAUAACACAUUCCAUAGAAAUAUACGCAUACUUAAUGAUUUUAAAUCGAGUAUACAGUGCAAUGAUAUGUUGACUUUUUUUUAUCGAUUGUUUUCAUUGUUUAGAUCUUAUUAUACAAUGUUUAUCACUCGUGUGAUAUAUAGUCUAUGCGUCCGCUACACAUAUCUAUGAGCAAAUUCAUUGAUUAAGCAAUUCCAUAAGAGGGUAUCGCGCAAGAUUCAAGAAUGGGAACUAAUUAUAUUCUUAGAUGAGUAGAAUUCUUAUGGAAACAAUCUCGUAUUUUUAUAUUGUGACUUACGAGUUUAUAUAUACAAUUUUGUUAUUCUGCGAUAUCGUAAUUACAUGUUUAUCGCAAAAUUUAUAUCUAAGAAACAAAUGAAACAAAAAUGUUUAUCGCCUAUCGCUUUCAAUGUAUGUGCCAAUCUAAUGAUGUGCAAAUUGAAUUUCAUUUAUAAUCAAGUGCCUUAUGAUUAAUAAAGAAUAUUACCCAUUUACUUAA